AUGGCUGAUGAUAAAAGCCAAAACCAUGAUUGUGUUUUGGUGGUGGAAAAUAGAGAAGAUAGAGAGGAGCCAGCAAAUGCAAUCAGCAUGAACAUGGUCUUCUCUUCUUCUUCUUCUACUACUAUUUCCACUCUAUGCUCACACAAGCUCACUCAUACCAAGAGAACUUCACAACUCUGCCACAAAAACCCCAUCUUUCCUUCUCCAUCUCACCUUCGUCUUCUCCACAAGUCCAUCCCACUCGCUGCUUCUGCUUCCAUCCUCUUAUUAUGCUCCUCCCCAGCAGCCAAUGCCGGCUUUCUCUCUGGUUUCUCUGGUUUGGAAUCAAUUCCUGGUCCUCAGCUGCCUCAAUUUGACUUCCUUACAAAAUUUAAUGAGGAAAAUCAGAAGAAGUAUGCUGAGUUUGAUGAAAGGUUCAAAUCAUCUCCUGUGCUUAAGGAUCUACUUGAAAAGUCCAAAUUGAACAAACAAAGGAACAAGAGAGAAAUCCAAGAUAAAUACUGCAUCCGCGGUGCAGAAUGGGGUGUAGGUGAUUGCUCAACACAAGGAAUGACAGAAGAAGAACGAGACGAAUUCAUCGCCAUGUUGAAGAAGAAAAGUGGAGGAGAUUGAACUGUUCUUGCGUUCCAUACAAAGAAAGGAAGGAUUUUUUUUGGGAAAUCUUCAUUACUCAGAAAUAGAAGGCUCACGAAUAAAUCGGCAAAAUUUCCAAAAUUAAAUAUAGCUUUAAUUUCAAGACAAUGAGUAAUGUAGAUUUUAAAAUCUCAUGUUGUUCUAUUAUUUUUCGUCUUUGUUUCUCAAAACUUUUUGUUGCAUGAAUCAGUUUCUCUUGUAUUAAUGCUAGUAUUUACUGAAUCAGUUUGAUGGUUAAGGAGAAAACAUAUGUUAUACUUCGAAUUA